AUGCUCGCGACCAAGCGUCAGCGCGGUCAAGGAUCCACAACACGCCUAGACGCAGUGGCUGGACUGGACUUUUUCUCGGUGGAAAGCAUGAGCCACGCCGCCACGCCAAUGGAUCCCACCCGGAGACCGGAAAUUGAACUGCGGGUGGACGAAGAAGUGAGUACCUUGGGUGACCCAUUGCCCGAAAACACCCCCGCAGCCGAUACGUCUCUGGAUGAUACUACGGCCAAUCCCAGUCUCCCCUAUGACUACAAGGUUGCCUGUCGAGAAUUGUACUCGUGCAAGAAGGCGACUCUCAAGCCAACUAUUCGGAUGUCAGUUCGAAUAUCGAGGAAGGAGACGACGUGGGCGGACCUGUCGACAUUGGACGACACCUUGGAUUACCAAUACAAUCCCAGUCCCUUGCGAUCUCCCGAGCAAGUAACGGGAGCCAAAACGUCGGAAGAGUUAUCGUUUUCGGCAGUGUCGUCCAAUGCUACAUGA